UGAUAGGAAGAGACAUAUGUCAAGAACCAAUUGCUCCCAAUAACUCGAGUUAUUGGGACCAACUGGUUUAUUACAUGGUAUCAGAGCUAGGACUCCGAUCUCCUUAACUCCUUUCUCCUAAAAAUCCGACUCAAAUCCUCAAGAUCUUCUCCCUCUAUUUUUCGUCAAUUUCUUUUCUUCUUCCCUGUUACAGACUCAGCUGCAUCAUCCUCCUGCCCACCCAAAUCACAAUCCUCUCAUCUCUAUUCUUCUUCUUCAAACAUGUCAGGUGAAACUGUGAUCAACCUAGAUGAUACAAACACCAUCAUCACGUUAAACCCUGCUUCUCAGUUGCCCACUAAACUUACCGGUGACAAUUUCCCUACCUGGAGGGCACAGCUACUCACUCUUCUUCGUGGACUCGACCUUCUCAAAUUUUUGGAUGGCACUCAUCCUGCCCCUGCCGAUGAUGCCGCUGCAGCCGUUCGUCGUCACUGGUUCAGGCAAGAUCAAUUGCUUCUUCAUUCUAUCCUUGCUUCUAUGUCCCCGGGGGUUGCUCCCUAUGUCUCUGCCUCCACCACAUCUCGACAAGCAUGGACAAUCUUAGAACGUAUGUUCGUAAAUCAAUCGCGCCAACGCGUCAUCAAUUUAAAGGAAAAACUUGGCAAAGAAACUCAGGGCAAUCGUCCAGUAUCUGUUUAUCUUCAGGCUCAGCGCACCACAGCCGCCGAACUCGCACUCAUCAAUGCUCCUGUUUCCGAUGAAGAUCUAAUUCUUCAUAUUCUGCGUGGUCUUCGUGAGGAGUAUGGUCAUCUAUCUGCCGCCAUUAGAGCCCGGGACACGCCAAUCGCCAUUGAAGAUCUUCACGAUCGACUUGUUGACUUUGAAGCUGACUUGGCCACUGUUCGCCAACCUGUCCAGGCUCCCACCACCGCUUUCUCAUCAUUGCGUGGUCGUGGGUAUGCUCGCUCUUCUUCAGGCUCACGUCGUAGCUUCCCCAACUCCUCUUCUUAUGGUGCUGAUUAUUAUUUCCAAAGGGAGGACAAUUCUCGUCAGUCCCGCAGCCCCAAUUCCCGCAGCCCCAAUUCACCUCGUGCUCCAGCAAACUAUGGUCCUAGUUCGGCUGCUCCGUCUCUCCUUGGUAGACCUCGGCUGCAAUGUCAAUUUUGUGACAAGCCUGGCCAUUCAGCCAAAGAUUGUUAUCGCAUCAAAGGUCGUCCUCAAGCUCACUACACUGCCGCUGGCACCUCCAAUUCGUCCGGCUGGUUGGUCGACUCUGCUGCCACGAAUCACAUGACACCGGAUCUUGGUACUCUCUCUCUAUAUACUGAUUACAAUGGUCCGGAUGAGGUGCUUAUCGGCGAUGGGUCAGGUCUGGUUAUUUCUCACGUUGGCCACUCUCACAUGAGCCUGUAUAAGAUCCAGCAUAACCUUCUCCCAACAACUCGAGUUAUUGGGACCAACUGGUUCUUGACAUGUUAUCAGAGCUGGUUUGUCCUUGAGGUUACGUGUUCAAGUCCUCACGACCCCCAAUAUUAACCGUUUUCUUUCAAGCACAUGGUAUGGCGGACCUGUGCAAACUUCAAGCCUCAUGAGUCAGCUUUCGUUUGAGGGGGCGUGUAAGGAAGUGGUUAAGUACCAUACAUGAGCCUGUAUAAGAUCCAGCAUAACCUUCUCCCAACAACUCGAGUUAUUGGGACCAACUGGUUUAUGACAACAUAACACUAUUCAAGAACUACAAGGGCCGAAUUGGCAGGUUUUCAAAUGAUAAAAGGAUGUAACAAUUUGGUUAGUAAGUUACCUCAAACCUCUCUAUAAAGCUGGUCUUCAACCAAAAACACAUAAAGUUAUUGAUGCAGUAUAACCAAGGUUAUAUACUAGAGAUGAGCGGCUACAAGCAAGUGCCCACUAGCUUUUUAGUUGUGAAGAAAUUAGAAAUCUAGUGAGCACUAAAGUUCAUAGCUCCAACGAAGGCCCCGAGGUUAAAAUGCCUUAAAUAGUGAAGACAGAUGUUGCCCACGACUUGGGCCAAGGCCGUGGGCCUACUAGUGUGUGAGGUCCGUGCCCGACACUAAAAAGGACAUCGAAGUGUUGAAAAAAAUGUUGAUGAGCUGCCCACAAGUAGAGCCACGACUGUGGGGUGUCCACGGGGCGUGUCAUGAGCGUGAGUAAACACAUGAAGGCUUCUAUAGUAGCAUUCAUAAUAUAAUCAUAAGCAUCGAUCAACUAAAGCAUCGAGUAUUAUAGCAUCAAACAACUCAAGCAACAGAUGAUACAAGCAUAGAUUGACAUCAAGCAUCAAUGAUAAAAAUAAUAACCACAAAAGGUAUCUCGUGAAAUCAUAUAAAUAGUAUACAAAGCAUCAUCGAAUUACAUCCCUAAACAGAUCAAGCUAGCUAAACAAAGAAGAAUCAGAAGACAUCAUCGUAGAUGAUGAAACCAUCCUCAUCGAGUUCCUCCUCCUCUCUUAUGCUUUCUAACUCGUGCCCCUAGGGUAGAGUGGUUGUAAAGUGUGUGUAAAAGCUCUAGCCUAGCCUUUUAUUUAUACUAGUUAUAGAAGGGGAUUUUCUAGUCUUUAUCCUCCCGAAAUUUGGCAAAAAGUGUCCUUUUUCGACUAGAACUCGGAUUCUUUCGACUUGAGGACGAAGCUACUUGUUGAGGAAGUAUUCUGAAGGUCCUGGGAGGUAUGGCGGCGGUAGUACCAGACACUCUCAUUUCUUCUCCAAUUAUACAAUUUUUGGUAGGAAAAUUCAUCUUGGGUUCAUGGACCUAUUCCGAAAAUUUCAGCUCGUUUGGACAUUGUCUGGCCCUUAUGUGCUUCAAAAUACUAUAAUUUGACCCAUAAAUUGAGUUUCCAAUGUCAGGAUUCAUCUCUAUUUGGGCCCAUGAGCUUGUAUUCUCGUCCUCCUUCUGUUCAAUUGUGUCCCUUGAUGAUUCAUAUUCAUCUUGAGUGGUUUAAAACCUUGACAAGAACAAAACAACACCAUAAAUGCAUCAAAUAGUACAUAAACACAUUCAAGGUUAAUCGUAAGCUCAUUAUCAAAUAGUUAUGAAUUCCAUAUGAAAUAUCAUCAAAACUACUAACAAUGCAUUGGUAGAAGGGGAAAAUGUAUCAAAUACGAGAGUGAUAAACACUAUAAAUUAAGUGUCAUGAA